AUUAUGUUCAUAUAAGUAUCUAUUUAUUUAAACUAAAAUAAUUAAAAUAUAUCUAGAAGAUGUUAUGAAAUAAAAUAAAAUUCUCUAGAAGUUAUUAAAUAUUCUUACAAAGCAAUAAAUCUAAUAAUAUUGAUUAUUGAAAUUCAUGUAGUUUACAUAUUAAAAUUUCAUCUGCAUUAAAAAUGAUUUAAUGUUUAAUUUUACAUUGAAAAUGUUGAAUAACAAUAUUUGUAAAACAGGGAGAGUAAUAGUAAUGUAAUAGAUUCUAAAAAAUAAAUAUGAUUAACCGUAAAAGACAAAAUCGUACACUUGUCUUGUAAUUUGAAAGUCAACAUGGACCAUAUCUAUCAUUAAAUUUGUUCAGAUAUUAUCUAUUUAUAGUUAAAAUAAACGAAUUUCAGAGAUAAUGAAAUAUGGUGUGUUAAUUUUUCUUAGAAAGUUAUAUAUAAUUACUAUAUGUAUAUAUCUUAGCGCGUAGUCUUUAGUUUCUUUUUCCAUCUAUCAAGUUAUGAUUUUGGUAUUUUCAAAAAGAAAAAGUUAUGAUUUUGUUGUUUAUGUAAAUUUGUUUAUUUUAUUAAUACAUAUACAACGCAAAAGAAUAUAUAAAUACAUAUAUAUAUAUAUAUAUAUAUAUGCAUCAUAUCUGUGUUUUCCAUAUAUGCUAUUAAUUAGAUAAAGAAAGAGUUGACUACUGUCAGAUACAUGUCUUUUCUAUUGGACUAUGCUAUACGCUUUGGGUUAUUUAAAUGGGUGUUCUCAUGUUAUGGACAUGCAUCCAUUUUUUGUUCUCUUGUUUCUAAUGUCUUCAGUAAUAAUUUGGUGAAAAUGAGGGACGGUUUCCUUUUGAUCAACUUUCUUUGAUCAAUUUUUCUGACUAAGUGUACGUUCGCUGCUGCCGACAACUCUCUGUUGGAUGGAUUCUCUGUCUCCACCCUGCGAUGUUCCAAGGUGGUCCAAGCUUCCUUCAGAUCUCCUACACAUGGUGUUUGAACGUCUAGGGUUUUCAGAUUUUCAACGAGCUAAAUCUGUUUGUCCAUUUUGGCGAUCAGCAUCCAUAGAGUCAGCACCAAACAAUCAGAUCCCCUGGAUGAUUCUAUUUCCAGAAAAAGGUAAAGAUUAUUGUCUCUUGUUUAAUCCAGAGGAAAACAAUAAAACAUAUCGAAUUCAAGAUCUUGGCGUCAACUUUGCAAAUAGCCAUUGUUUGGCUAUUUGUGGAAGUUGGUUCUUUAUGCGGGAUCCUCGAUAUAAGCUCUAUAUUAUGAAUUUAUUCACCCGUGAGAGGAUCGAUCUGCCGUCAGUGGAGUCACAAGUUGGCAUGUUAUUGAUCGAACGAACCACGGAUGAUAUGUUCCUAGUAACAUCUAAGGAAAGUAUUGGUUACAAAUAUAAUCAAGAAGACUUGCGGAUUGACUUGCCUUUCUUUUGGAUUGACCAGAAAACCAAAGAUUAUUUUGUUACUUGUUAUCUUGAAGGCCGAGUUACGGCUUAUGCUGAAAAUGGAGAUAAAUUUUGGAAACAAGCGGACCUUAAGAUCUCGGGUGACGUGGUAUACAAAGAGCAUAAGCUUUACUUGUAUGAUUAUAAACGUGAUGUCAAAGUCUUUGAUUUUUCUGGAGAUAGUCCACGAAAAAUCGUUGAAACGCAAGUUAAUCAUGAUCCACUUUGCACAAAGGGAAUGUCACGUCGUGUUUACCCAGAGCUUGGUGAUGUGUGGGAUAUCAAGGAUACACAUCUUGUAGUCACGGUAAAAGGAGAAUUCCUGAGAGUAAAGAGCAUAGUAAAGAGUGAUGGUGAUGUUUGGUCCUUCCGCAUCUACAAGAUGGAUUCAUCGCAAAGCGAGUGGGAGAAGAUUACUUCUUUGGGGGACGAGGCAAUACUUCUGGAUCAACGUACCACCGUGCUUGCAAACGCUGUCCAAGGAAUAAAAAGAAAUUCUAUAUAUUUCAGUGGUAUUCAUCAUGACUAUGUAUUUCACCGUGUUUGGAGUGAAAAAGAUAUCUUGAACUAUAGUCUCGACACACACAAGAUUGAAAGACCACCUCCAAGUUUUUUUUCUAACGUUCAAUCAUCUGAUGCUCGAUGGUUUGUACCAAAUUGAUUUAUAUCUUUUCAGUGCUUUUAAAUGACUUGUGUCUCUUUUAUUUUGCAAGUGUGAAAGUAAAAUAUAUCAUAUGAUCUUUGUGUUUGAAUUUGGAAUAAUAUGAAAUUUAGAUCACAUCAUGAAACUCGCAAGUGAUUUGUUCCUUGUAGGACCAUAUACAAUGGUUUCAACACCCUUAUUUUUCUCUUUUAACAUUCCUCAUCAUCUUCUUUCUCUUCCACCUCAUUUAUUCAACACUCACUUCAUUCUAUAUUCUUAUAAUCGUUUUGUUUUGAAAAAUUCAACAACCUACCCGUCAACUUUUAAUUCAUAUUUUUAUUUUUUAAAAUAUAAUAAUUAAAUAUUAAUAAUAAAUUUAAAACUAAAAUAAAAUAAAUUUUAAAAAUAUUUAUUGUAAAUUAUUAUACUAAGCUUAUUUUUUUAAAUAAUACCAAAAACUAUAUUAAUAGAAAAUUAAAAUUAAGAGCAUAUUCAUUUUUAAGUUAGAUAUUUACUUAAUUUUAUUCAAAAAUAUGAAACUUAAUAAUAUAAAAAAACUAAAACUGAAUCAUCUGCAUUUACAUCUGGAAUGGAUUCAGUGACACCGCUCAUGCGUCCAAGAGUUAUUUGUGUAAAGAAUUCGAGAAAUUCAGUUGCUCUCGAAACAUUUUCAUCACUUGUUGGAGUAGAAGAAAGAGGAGGUGUUUGAGAAAAAUAUUGCAUCUUCGAUCCAUAAUUUGGAGGAUAAUUCAGAACGGAUAUGUGAUGAAGAAAUUUGGUGAAAAACCAUAAUUUGGUAUAUUUUGGGAUUGGUUGGAAGUUUUGUUUUGAAAUUGAUAAUUGUUAGGAUUUAGAAAUUGAACGAAAAAUUAGAAGAGUUUUGGGUGUUAAAAGGAUUAUUAUUAGGAUCCAUUUAACCAAAAAAAAAUCUUAAAACACUAAAAUAGUUUAUUAUAAUGAAAAAUGAUGAUUUUUUCUGUAUCCAAAUGAAAUGAGAGUAGUCUCUAUUUAUAAAUAAAAAAAAUUGAAUUUUGAUAUAAUUUUGAUAUUUUAAAAACUAAUUUUAUUAAUAUAAUAAACGUAUUUGAAUAAUUGAGUGGGGAUAAAUAUCAAGUGAAAUCUGUCCAGCCAAUGAAAGUAAAGUAUUUAAAUCUUAUCGAGAUUUAAAAUAAAAUAAUACCAAAAUAAAAGCAUUUAAAUCUUAUUCAGAUUUUAAAUAAUACCAAAAUCAAUAUUAAUAAAAAUAAAAUAAAAUUAAGAGCAUAUUCAUUCUUAAGUUAGAUAUUUACCUAAUUUUAUUCAAAAUAUGAAACAUAAUAUUAUAAAAAAACUAAAACUGAAUCAUCUGCAUUUACAUCUGAAAUGGAUUCACUGACACCGCUCAUGCUACCAAGAGUUAUUUGUAUAAAAAAUUCGAGAAAUUCAGUUGCUCUCGAAACAUUUUCAUCACUUGUUGGAGUAGAAGAAAGAGGAGGUGUUUGAGAAAAAUAUUGCAUCUUCGAUCCAUAAUUUGGAGGAUAAUUCAGAACGGAUAUGGGAUGAAGAAAUUUGGUGAAAAAUAAUAAUUUGGUAUAUUUUGGGAUUGGUUGGAAGUUUUGUUUUGAAAUUGAUAAUUUUUAGGAUUUAGAAAUUGAACGAAAAAUUAGAAGAGUUUUGGGUGUUAAAAGGAUUAUUAUUAGGAUCUAUUUAACCAAAAAAAAAAAGGUUUAAAACACUAAAAUAGUUUAUUAUAAUGAAAAAUGACGAUUUUUUCUGUAUCCAAAUGAAAUGAGUGUAGUCUCUAUUUAUAGAUAAGAAAAUUGAAUUUUGAUAUAAUUUUGAUAUUUUAAAAACUAAUUUUAUUAAUAUAAUAAACGUAUUUAAAUAAUUGAGUGGGGAUAAAUAUCAAGUGAAAUCUGUCCAGUCAAUGAAAGUAAAGAAUUUAAAUCUUAUCGAGAUUUAAAAUAAAAUAAUACGAAAAUAAAAGCAUUUAAAUCUUAUCCAGAUUUUAAAUAAUACCAAAAUCAAUAUUUAUAAAAAAAUAAAAUUAAGAGCAUAUUCAUUCUUAAGCUAGAUAUUUACCUAACUUUAUUCAAAAAUAUGAAACUUAAUAUUACUAAAAGAAACUAAAACUGAAUCAUCUGCAUUUACAUUUGGAAUGGAUUUACUGACACCGCCCAUGCUACCAAGAGCUAUUUGUGUAAGAAAUUCGAGAAAUUCAGUUGCUCUCAAAACAUUUUCAUCACUUGUUGGAGUAGAAGAAAGAGGAGGUGUUUGAGAAAAAUAUUGCAUCUUCGAUCCAUAAUUUGGAAGAUAAUUCAAAACGGAUAUGGGAUGAAGAAAUUUGGUGAAAAACAAUAAUUUGGUAUAUUUUGGGAUUGGUUGGAAGUUUUGUUUUGAAAUUGAUAAUUGUUAGAAUUUGGAAAUUGAACGAAAAAUUAGAAGAGUUUUGGGUGUUAAAAGGAUUAUUAUUAGGAUCCAUUUAACCCAAAAAAUAGUUUAAAACACUAAAACAGUUUAUUAUAAUAAAGAAUGACGAUUUUUUUGUAUCUAAAUGAAAUGAGAGUAGUCUCUAUUUAUAGAUUAAAAAAUUGAAUUUUGAUAUAAUUUUGUUAUUUUAAAAACUAAUUUUAUUAAUAUAAUAAACGUAUUUGAAUAAUUGAGUGGGGAUAAAUAUCAAGUGAAAUCUGUCCAUCCAAUGAAAGUAAAGCAUUUAAAUCUUAUCAAGAUUUAAAAUAAAAUAAUACCAAAAGAAAAGCAUUUAAAUCUUAUCCAGAUUAUAAAUAAUACCAAAAUCAAUAUUAAUAAAAAAUAAAAAAAAAUUAAGAGCAUAUUCAUUCUUAAGUUAGAUAUUUACCUAACUUUAUUCAAAAAUAUGAAACUUAAUAUUACUACAAAAAACUAAAAAUGAAUCAUCUGCAUUUACAUCUGGAAUGGAUUCACUGACACCGCCCAUGCUACCAAGAGCUAUUUGUGUAAGAAAUUCGAGAAAUUCAGUUGCUCUCAAAACAUUUUCAUCACUCGUUGGAGUAGAAGAAAGAGGAGGUGUUUGAGAAAAAUGCAUCAUCGAUCCAUAAUUUGGAGGAUAAUU